UAGGAGAAAAAAACCGGGCGGUGCGUGACAAACUGGACACCGAUUCUUGGUUACCUUGGAAACCGCCUCUGCUGUCAGGGUGGGUCCCGAACCGAUGCCGUGUGCUCGGGUCGGGCCGCCUGAUAAGGCGGAGCCGUCCGGCGUAUCAGUGAGAACACGAGCAAGAGGCUCCUCUCCACUCUGACCGGCUUCCUGUAACUCCCUGCCCUCCGUUUCCAGAGCAAAAUGUCCUGCUCUUUAGUUAUUCGGCCUCUUCACACGUGAGUGAAAUGGUGCUGCCCCCGCUAACGGGCCUCUGGAAAUCUGCAUCUGGCAGGGAGCAGGUAGUAGGAUUCUCAUACCCCUCCAGCCAGCACCUAGAGCAGAAAGUCUCAAAGCGCAGAGACUCUCUGGAAGGAAUCUCAAGGCCAUGUUCCUGCACGAGGAGAGACACUUUUCCGAUUUCCCCCUUCUCCUCACCCCUCAGACGAAGAGCUGUGCCUCCAGUCCCUCAGGCUGGGCCGGAGCCGCUCUGAGACGCCCGGGUCGAGAUGAGACGCAGGCUGAGCCGCGCGCCCCGCAGAUCGAGGUCUCGCUGCAGGACCAGGAGCUCUGGGCGAAAUUCAGCAGCCGGGGGACAGAGAUGAUCAUAACCAAAUCUGGGAGGCGGAUGUUCCCCCCUUGUAAAGUCAGCGUUACAGGCCUGAACCCCAAAGCCAAGUAUCUGCUGAUGAUGGACAUGGUGCCCUUCGACAACAACAAGUACAAGUGGAACAGGGACAGAUGGGAGCCCAGCGGGCUGGCAGACCCCCACCUGCCCAACCGCUUCUUCAUCCACCCCGAAUCGCCUGCGCUGGGGGAGAAAUGGAUGCAGUACCCCAUCUCCUUCCACAAGCUCAAGCUCACCAACAACACCCUGAACUCCAGCGGCCUGGUGGUGCUGCACUCCAUGCACAAAUACCUGCCGCGCCUACACGUCGUCCAGGCGGCUGACGUCUGCAGCCAGCGCUGGGGGGCUUAUUUACACUUCGCGUUCCCUGACGCUGCUUUUAUCGCGGUGACCGCCUACCAGAACGCAGAGAUAACAAAGCUCAAGAUAGACAACAACCCUUUUGCCAAAGGCUUUCGUGAUUAUGGCUUGAACAGCAAAAGGCAACGUGACCAGAGAGUCCAGAGUUCCUGCAAACGGCCGCCAGAAAAUCCAGGAGAACAAUCCGGGAGCGUUAAUGAAUCCAAGACCGGAGACACGGACGACGCAGACUUCGCAGUCUCCAGCACAGAAGAGCCCCACACUGCGGAGCGUAGGGCAGGCAGCCCGGACUCAAACCCCUUCAUUUCCGCUUUCAUGAGGAGACACGAACGUGGUGCGUGUGGCGUGGAGGAGUGGACCGAGGGCCACAGGGGGCCCCUGCUCAACAGCCAAGACGCCCUGGAUACCACAUGUGGUCUCAGCUCCUGCCACUACCCAGCCAGCGCCGCUCUCCAGCCCCCCGGCCCCGUCCCGCCGUCCUCCGACCAGCGCUUCCCCCAAGGCUGGGGGGACAGCCGGGCCCCGGGGGCCCAGCCCUCGACCAGCGGCGGCCCGCCCGGGGGCCUCCCCCUCCCCCUGCCCCCCAGGGUCAGCAGAGUCCGCCUCCCCGAGAGCCUGGAGACCGCCGGGCCCCUGACCUCCGACCCCAGCGGGCCCCGGCCCCUGGCGGACAUCCUGAACAGGAUCCGAGACAAACCCGAGGCCGCGCAGGGGAGCCCGGGCGUGUGGCAUGGCCCCGGACGGGGCAGGGGCUACUCUUUCCACCCCGGGGGCAGCAGUGCUGGAUACCUGAGCAGCUUGACGACUGGGGCUUCCGUCGGCAACAGCCUCCUGGACGUCAGAGCUAACCCAGGAAAUGCCCCCUCCCUCGAGUGCCCCUACAGGGCACCCGUGAUGGACUUCUAUUCCAAUCUGUAUGGAGUCAAAUAAGGUAGUAGGGGCACAUCUUACUCGAGAAAGACUCCAAAGCUCCAGCCACAGCGCUCGUUUCGUCUAGGCAGAGAGACCAUGCAUAGACUUCCUUCCUUUUGUAAUUGUCUGUGACGUGUGGCGGAUGACCAGUGGGGUCAUGAAGGUCAUAUCACAGGACACGGUUUGGAUCGACAGCUGCUUAAGAGCAUCAUCCAGUUUGGAUGAUACAAGUCCUGUGAAAAGCUUUGGAGAGAUGAAGUAUAUGAAGCCACAGCUGCUAAAAACAGUCAUGUCAGAGGGGAGCUAUUUGAACAAUGAAAACCCCAACAUCCUGUAUUGAGAUUGUCGUGAAAUAAACACUAAUGCAUGUUGAAAUUAAAAACCAUAAAGAAACAGAACUGGAUGCCAUCGACUCAGCUCAGCUCUAAAGGCAAUCAAACGCUCUUGCCUACCUGCUAUAUUUGUGAAGUGGCCAGGCUGUCCAGUCCAAUCGUUUUACUACUGCCAGCUGUGAAUUUAUGUCAUUUUCAAGCUUUUUUCUUGUGUGUCCAGGUUCUAAAUUAAAACAAGUAUUGUCUGAA